ACACGGGUUGUCUAUUGAUGUCUGUCCCGCGCACACUGCGUCGCUUAUCCACCAUGCCAUCAUCAUCUCCCACUUACUGCUCGCCUUUUACGCGGGCAGUAGUGAACUCCAUGAGAAAGCUCUAUCCCGAAGCACUGGCAGAUAAGAGUUGGGACAACACAGGCUUACUCCUCGAAGCCCCCUUCAACCCCUCCCAACACCGCCCACGAAACUCGGUCCUCUUAGCCAUUGACCUCACCAAAGCCGUCGCCGAUGAAGCCAUCAACCGCAGAGACUCGGUGGUCGUGGCCUACCACCCCAUCAUCUUCCGCGGUCUCAAAUCCCUCACCCUAAACGACCCCCAACAAACCUCCCUCCUCCGUCUCGCGCAAGCAGGAAUUAGCGUGUACUCCCCGCAUACAGCCAUCGACUCCGCGCCAGGCGGUAUGGGCGAUUGGCUCUGCGAUAUCGUAACGGGGUGUUUCAUCUCGAAACCGCAGGAAUUGCCCCCGGCGCCGGCAGAGCAGAAACCGAUCCCCCAGCUCUACACGCAACCGACAUACCCCCAGCCAACAGGAAUUACCGAAAACCCGCUGCAACUGGAACAUACCCGCAAGACGAUCCACCCUUCUCAGUCUGUACCUGAGGGAUGUGAAAAUGCGGGUAUGGGGCGUCUCGUUACGUUCUCUGAACCGCAGCCGCUGUCUAUGAUUAUCGACCAUAUUGCCGCUGGAGUGGGUAACCCGGGCGGUAUCCCCAUCGCCAUCCCGCAGGGUUCGCAAGUUGAAGACACCCGCAUCCGCACUGUUGGCGUCUGCCCGGGGUCCGGGUCUAGUGUGCUUAUGAAGGGUGUAAGCGAGAUCCCCGAUUUAAUGUUCACGGGAGAAAUGAGCCACCACGAGGCUCUUGCGGCUAUUGAGCAAGGGAAGGUUGUGGUUUCAUUGAGCCAUUCGAACACGGAACGGGGGUAUUUGCGUGCUGUUAUGAAGGAGAAGUUGCAGAAUGCUUUGCAGGAGGAGUGGGAGAGUGUCAGACAAGAGGGGCUUAAGACUCAGGAGUUGGAAAUGUAUGAGGAUGGGGGGUGUGAGGUUGAUGUUAGCAAGGCGGAUCGGGAUCCGUAUGGGAUUAUGAUUCGGCGGAUAUAACGAUGCCACGCUUAUGAUUGCUAUAAAGAUGAUUUACAAUACCAAUGAAAGAAAAGUCUAGCUCAACAACACCCUUAUCUCCCCCGUAGUCCUCGGGAACAGCGCCCUCAAACUAUACUUCUCCUUACCCUCCUCACCUUCACCUUCAUUCUCACUCCCACUCCAAUCACCACCCUCACUCACAAGCGAGACACCCCUCGCCUCAUCCGCCCCUAUAAUCAUCCCCUCAACAAACUCAAAGUCCCGACAAAACGCCUCCACAGCUUCCUCCGUAACCCUCUUCACAAAUCC